AUUUAUUUUUUUAUAGUGGACAUAUACUGGGAAAAAAAGAGGAUGGGACCGUAUAAAAGAAAAGAAAGAGAGCGAGAAGCGGAGCACAAAUACAGCGAGAGAGGAACGCAGUGUGAGGUGACACAAGCCCAGCACUGAGUGAUCUGGCAGGAGCGAUCGGGACUUUCAAGUGGAUGCCGAAGUGUUUCAAUAUCCUUCUAUUGUCCCGAGCCUGCGUCACGACCCUUACGCGAGGAUGGAGAUGGGAUCGAGAUGGAGCUGGCUAUUAAACCACAGGCUUGAUUAGAGGAUGAUGGGAUUGUCCUGCAGCAAAAUGGGGAAAUGCUCAAGAGCUCGUGCACUUCCCACUCUUAGGCAAGAACAGCCAAAGUUUAACAAAGCAAAAUCUCCCCUCUAGAUCCUGCUGAAGAACUUCUCUGAACAUUUAACAUAUUGCACCAUUGCGACCGGUUUCGUGCAUGCGAUGGAUCACACGCUGUUCGGCUGUUUGCGCAGCCCUCACGCCCCUCCGCAGGCCCUGCACCCAGCCUUCGCCCUUCACGGACGCUCCGAGCACCUCUCCACGUACCCUGACCUCUCCACCUCCUCUCCUUCUUCUACCUGCAUUGUGAGCGGUUACCCAGGUGAGGAUGGGGGACUGUUUGGGGGGCACGGGCACCAGCGAGGGCCACCAAUGUCCCAGCAGCAGCAGCAUCAUCAUCAUCAUCAUCAUCAUCAUCUACCCCAACCGCAGCAGACCGGAUGGCACAUACCGCAGACGGCCAGCGCCUCACCAGCAAGCGUCCGUCUAGGACUGGGCAUCUCGGCCCCCGAUUCAGGCUCUUCGGACAUGGGCCCCGGGGGCCCCAGUCUCUGUGCGAGCACCCCGAGCCUGGGCGGAGGGGUGCCCUCAGGUGCCUCUUGUGUUCCCGGAGGGGAUUUCGGACGUCAUACGAUGUCGCCGGCCGAGGCUGAGAAAAGGAAUAGCAAACGAAGAAGUGACAGCUCUGAGUCCCAAGAUGGGAAUUACAAAUCGGAUGUGAGCAGCAAGCCAAGGAAGGAGCGGACAGCGUUCACCAAAGAGCAAAUUCGAGAACUGGAGGCAGAAUUCGCCCAUCACAACUAUUUGACCAGACUCAGGCGGUACGAAAUCGCCGUAAACCUGGAUCUCACGGAAAGGCAGGUAAAAGUGUGGUUUCAGAACAGACGGAUGAAGUGGAAGCGAGUUAAAGGAGGCCAACAGGGGGCGAUAGCAAGAGAAAAAGAGCUUGUGAAUGUGAAAAAGGGAACAUUGCUUCCCUCCGAGUUUUCUGGAAUUCCUGGACUCCACCAUACACCGGACUCACUCAUCAACAACGAGGACAGCCACGACAGCGACCAGAGCUCUGAGCAUGCUCACUUAUGAUACUCUAAAUGUUUAUCUGGGGUCAUGUUCAGUUAGGGAUUAUGUUAAGUACGGACUGAAAGUACACAAAGACUGCACAGCAGAUGAUUCGUGCCAAUGAGGAGGCACUGCACCACGACGCCUUUCAGGACAGUUCAUGUGACGCCUCAAAGUAGUGACAAUGCUUGCUCAAUAUGUAAAAAUGUACACAGGACUGAUAUAAUGUUGUGAUGAGCAGAAUAUUUGUGAUACUUUGGCAUCAAUAUUCACAAAGAAAAGGUGCCUUGCUAGUUUGAAGGAAAUGUUUACACGUUUGAAAAUGCCGUUAAAUGCAUUAAAGGUGCUGUAAGCAAUUUCGAAAUCCUCCCUGUCAGAAAAGCCAAAGUGUUUUACAGAGCCUAGGGACUUCUGUCAGGUCUUAUGGAUAUGUUCUGCAUGCUAUUCUUUAAAGUAAUCGCUUACAGCACCUUUAAAGUACCCUUCCACUGCUGUUUUACUUGAAAGAUAGAAUAGCAGAGUUAAAGGGAUAGUUCACCCAAAAACGAAAAUUAUCCCAUGAUUUACUCACCCUCAAGCCAUUCUAGGUGUAUAUGACUUUCUUCUUUCAGCCGAACACAAUCAGACUUAUAUCCUGGCUCUUUCCAGCUUUGUAAUGGCAUUGAAUGGUGGCCGAGUUUUUGAAGUUCCAAAAAGUGCAUCCGUCCAUCAUAAAAGUAAUCCAUACAACUUUAAUUAAUUGUUAAUAAAUGCCUUCUGAAGCAAAGCAAAGGGAAUUUUUUUAAGAAAAAAGGCCAAAUUUAAAACUUUAUAAACCAUAAUCACUAGCGUCCGGCAACGGCUGUAUACAAGAGUGACCUCUGACCUGACGUAUUGAUGAACGCUUAAGCGCAAUGGAUAGAGCAAAACAAACACUGUUCACAAAUUAGAAGUCUAAAACAAGAAUUUUUAAAAAGAAAUGUCGGAGGAUUUCAUUAUAAGAGAUAUUUGUUUGAUCCGCGAGAGGCGUCUAAGCUUACAAUGCUCCUACAUCCUACGUCAUACGCUGAGAGGUCACUCUUCCGCCGGAACUCGACUUGCGUACGGCCCUUACCGGAAGCCAGUGAUUAUAAGUUUUGAAUAUGGAUAUUUUUUCUUACAAAAACCCAUCACUUUGCUUCAGAAGGCCUUUAUUAACACACUGGAGUCAUAUGGAUUAUUUUUAUGAUGGAUGGAUGCACUUUUUUGAACUUCAAAAACUUGGGCGCCAUUACAAAGCUGGGAAGAGCCAGGAUACUUUUCAAUAUAACUCCGAUUGUGUUCGGAUCAAAGAAGAAAGUCAUAUACACCGAGGAUGGCUUGAGGGUGAGUAAAUUAUGGUAUAUUAUGAUAACUGUGUAAAUUAUGAUAAAUUUCAUUAUUUUUGGGUGAAGUAUCCCUUUAAAAUUGACUGGUCGAAUCUGGCCCAACAACAUUCCAUUCUGAUCUUGCAUUGAAAAGGUGUAUGUUUUAGUUUGCACUGUCAGUUUCUGUGCCUUAAUUGAUUUCUACUGUAUGUUUUUGUACAAUUUCGAUGUAAUCGAAAUAAUGAUCAAUCAAGUGUGCAGGAGAGUCAAAAACAUUUCAGAUAAUAUUAUGUCAUGUAAAUAUAAGUAUUCUUAGGUUCCCAAGAUCUGACAGCUGUAUCAUGCUUCAACAAUAAACUUUUCGUAUGUUGCUUGGUA